UUUCUUCUUAACAGGAGCGAGGCUUUCAGUUUAGUGAGAGAGUGAAAGACAGAGAGGAAAGAGUGUGAAAAGACCAAAUUGACCUCGGAUCUUCUUCUUUCCUCUCUCGCUUAGCUUCUUCUGCUAACUUUCUCGCUCCUAUUCGUUUCCUUGUUCUUCUGGAACCUUCCACCAUGAACGGUAAGGCUAACGUCACCAAAGAACUCAACGCUAAGCACAAGAAGAUACUGGAAGGACUUCUUAAAUUACCAGACAAUAGAGAAUGUGCUGACUGCAAAGCUAAAGGUCCCAGAUGGGCUAGUGUAAAUCUUGGCAUCUUUAUAUGUAUGCAGUGUUCGGGAAUACAUCGAAGUUUGGGUGUGCAUAUAUCAAAGGUUCGUUCUGCAACCCUGGACACUUGGCUUCCAGAGCAAGUUGCAUUCAUUCAAUCAAUGGGAAACGAGAAAGCAAAUAACUACUGGGAAGCAGAAUUACCACCAAAUUAUGAUAGAGUUGGAAUUGAGAAUUUCAUUCGUGCAAAGUAUGACGAGAAGAGAUGGAUUCCAAGAGAUGGGAAUCCAAAAACACCUUCUGGAUUGCGGGAAGAAAGAAGUCCUUCACAUUGGCAGAGGCCUGGGGAGAGAAGUGGUCAUAAUGUUGUUUCUGAAAAAACUUUUGAGGGAAGGAAGAAAUUCCAACCGUCAAAUGCAAUUCCUGCUACACGAAACAGUGUUCCUGCUCCUGCUCCUCCAAAAGCACCUGAGCAAGUAACUCCUCCUAUUACCAAACCUCAGCCUGUUGAGAAAGUGGAACCAUUAGCACCACAGCCACAAGCUGAAUCUUCAAAGCAGGCUAUGGAUGCAGCUCAAAAUACCCCUCCAAAAGUUGACUAUGCUACAGACCUUUUCAACAUGUUGUCUAUGGAUGUCCCGAAAGAAAAUGGCUCUGAGUCGGCCAGUACAACUACUGAUGAUAAUCUCUGGGCAGGUUUUCAGUCUGCUGCAGAGGUGUCAACAGCUGAGAAGACUAGUCCGCCGCCAAAAGUAGCUGAUAAUAGUGCUCUGUCUGCAGCUGGUAUUGAGGAUCUUUUCAAAGAUUCACCUAUGAUGCCAAGCUUAACUCCAGAAAAGCCACAGAAAGAUGUUAAAAAUGAUAUAAUGAGCCUCUUUGAGAAGGGCAAUAUGGUGUCUCCAUUUUCUAUGCAUCAGCAGCAGCUUGCCAUGCUACAGCAACAGUCUCUUCUAAUGGCUGCUGCAGCUAAAUCUUCUGGUGGGGAUCUCAAGUAUCCUGCGGGCAUACAAGAACCUAGACCAAAUGUUCCUGUGCAAAGUUGGCCAGCUACUGGCUACUCGAUUUCUGGAGCAUUGCCCAUGCAGGUGCAGAUUACGAACAUGACCCCAGCACAUUUUGCUGGGAGCUCUGUACAAUAUCAACCAUCUAGUUUCUAUGGUAUGGGGCAAGUUCCACCUCCAGUUAACGGUGUGAUGGCGACAAUGGGAGCCAGUAAACCCCAGUCAGGAGCUCCAGUGUCAUCUAGUACUACACAGUCAGCGAAGGAUUAUGAUUUUUCCUCCUUAACACAGGGGAUGUUUGCUAAACACUGAUAGGUGUUUUUUAUUGGGCAAUUCCGGCUGUCAUAUACCAUAGAAGAAGAUUAGUAAAUUUAUAUGAACUGCGCUUUCUUUUCUCAUUUUCCCCAUGACCUGUCCGUGGGUUGUAAUCCAUUUGUAGAGCUAGUUCAGGUUUUCCCAGUUUGUUUAUUUCAGGCGAUUGCUUCAUUUGUAUCCUAGUUCUAUUCACUAUUUAUUCACAAUAAAAAAAAGUUAGUGAUAUUAAUUAUAUAUUCA